GAGAGCUGGAGAGCGAAGGUGCAGAGUGCAGCAGCCGCGACAAGUAUCAACAGGCAGCCGCAGCAGGCAGAGACAGAGAUAGAAACAACGAGAAACGCCAACGCGAUCGAGUCUGCUGUCUACACUGGUUGUGCGUCGGUGUGUUGGUGAGCAGCAGCAGCAGCGGCGGCAGCGGCAGAGUCAGCUCGGUGGGCAUUACUUGGCGCUACGCCGCACGGCGUCGACAGUCGAGUCUCAGCACCCGACACAACAAACGGCGGCAGCUCCACCACCUCGUACUUUUCAAUUCCACCGAGACCAUCUCCUUGCCAACGCAGUUGCUCCACAAGUGACUCCUUUUCGAUGGCCAGCAUGUAUCCAGCCGCUCAGCUGCUGCGCCUGCGCAGCGCCUCCGCCAUGGGCAGUGCCCUGCAGGCGGCCACCCGUUCUAUAUCCACAAAUCGCCGGGAGCGCAACUCCAGCACCGCCAGCGCCCAACAGGAGCGUCCCCAGAGCGACACCGACAAGUUCCUGCACUACAGUCCCGAGGAGGGCUACUACAAGACCUCGCCCUACGAUCCCGUUACCAUUCCGAAUGUGCCGCUCCACGAGUACGUGUGGCGCGACUUCAAGAAGUGGGAGAGCCGUACCGCAGCGGUGUGUGUCAUCACCGACCGGCAGUAUACGUUUGCCCAGAUGCGCGAUGCCAGCGCCGCCUUCGCCGUGCGCCUGCAGACCCAGUUCAAGCUCUUCAAGCCGGACGUGGUGGGCGUCUGCCUGCCCAACUUGCCGGAGUAUCCCAUCGCCACCUUGGGCGCCAUUGAGGCCGGCCUCACGGUGACCACCGUGAAUCCCAUCUACACGCCGGACGAGAUCGCCCGCCAGCUGACCUUCAGCGGAGCCAAGUUCCUGGUCGGCACUGCGGCCGUCUUUCCCACCCUGAGCCAGGCCUGCCAGCUGGCCGGCAAGAAGCUGCCCAUCGCCGUCAUCCGCACCAGCCCGGGCGAGGCCCUGCCCGAGGGCGCCAUCGACUUCAGCGAGCUGACCAGCACCCAGAACAUCCGCUACGACGAUCUGCAGUCCCCGAAGGACGCCACCCCCAACGACAUGGUCUUCCUGCCCUUCUCCUCGGGCACCACCGGCCUGCCCAAGGGCGUCAUGCUCUCCCACAACAACAUCAGCAGCAACUGCGAGCAGGUCCAGGCCUCGCUGCCGCUGGACAUCAACGGGCCGCAGGUCACGCUGCCGGCGGUGCUGCCCUUCUUCCACAUCUACGGCCUCACAGUGGUGAUGCUCUCCAAGCUGGGCCAGGGCUGUCGCCUGGCUACGAUGCCCUGCUUCAAGCCGGACGAUUUCAUGCGCUCCCUGGACAAGUACAAGGGCAGCUUCCUCAACCUGGUGCCGCCAAUUGCCCUGUUCAUGAUCAACCAUCCCAAGCUGACCCAGGAGACGGCCCCUGAACUGAGGGUGGUGAUGAGCGGAGCUGCUCCGAUUGGAGAACACGAUGUGGAGCGCUUCCUCAAAAAAUUCCCGAAGACCGUCUUCAAGCAGGGCUACGGCAUGACCGAGGCCUCGCCCGUGGUGUUGCUUACUCCCGAUGGUAACACCCGGUAUGCUUCUACCGGCGUGCUGCCUUCCAGCACGGAGGCCAAGAUCGUGCCCCUCGAUGGCAGCGAUUCCAAGGGCGUGGGUCCCCGGUCCAGCGGCGAACUGUGCAUUCGCGGCCCUCAGGUGAUGUCUGGAUACCUCAACAACGAGGAGGCCAACAAGGUCACCUUCUAUCCCGGCAACUGGCUGCGCAGCGGCGAUGUGGCCUACUACGACGAGGAGGGCUUCUUCUACAUCACCGACCGCAUGAAGGAGCUGAUCAAGGUUAAGGGCUUCCAGGUGCCACCCGCCGAACUGGAGGCCGUGCUCCGGGAUCACCCCAAGGUUUUGGAGGCGGCUGUUUUUGGCAUUCCCCACGAGCUGAACGGGGAGGCGCCACGUGCCAUAGUGGUGCUGCGUCAGGGCCAGAAGGCCACCGCCGAGGAAAUCGCCGCCUAUGUGGCCGAGCGCGUGGCUCACUACAAGAAGCUAGAGGGCGGCGUCAUCUUUGUCGACGAGGUGCCCAAGAAUCCCACCGGCAAGAUCCUUCGCCGGGAGCUCAAGGAGAAGUUCUCCGACUAAACAGGAUCUGUUAGCUUCUAAGUUUCGUUUGUGAUUUUUUUUUUUUUUUUCACUCUCGGAGAUCCGCUGGGAGGCUUCGAUUGUUACACACAAUGACCAUCAAUUUUGGCUCAAGAUUAGGCCUUUCUUAGAGUUAGAAUUGCAUUUAUAUAAGAAUUUGGAAAUAUUUAGUCCUUAGGCAUACAUAUAGGUCUCGAUUAGUCGCUCGAUUGGUCCAUAUCUUAUAAGAUUUAGAGUAGUUAGUGACCGAUAUCAAUACACGCAUAACAGAACAUAUAAUUAUACUUAAUGCCGGACCGAUUUCGCAGUCGAGUGUUGAAGAUUUCACAGGACGAAUCUAUGAUAUUCCCUC